UGGAGAGCCAAUUCUGGGGUGAAUCGAUUCUGUAGUCGAUCCCCUCCUCGAAGGGCGGCGGCAAGGGAAGCCCGGCGAGCGCUCCUCGGGGAAGGGGAGGAGGAGGAGGAGGAGGAGGAGGAGGAGGAGGAGGAGGAGGAGGAGGAGGAGGAGGAGGAGGAGGAAGGCAGCCGUCGGCGCCGAGCAGAAGCAGCUCGGCCGCGGGGCCGGGCCCCGCAAAGGCCCUGCCACCUGGGCGCCGCCGGGACGCCUCCGCCGCUGCUCGACGUGGCGGCGCGAGCGUCGGGGGGCCCCGUCGAGGCGUUGUUGGGCCCGGGCCGCGCGUCACCCCACUGCCUGCGCGCGGUGGGUAUGGAUAAAUCCCCGCCUCGCCUCUCAGAUGUCGGCCGCGCCCAGCUGCGCGGAGGCCUGCAUCUUUUCCGCGUGCGGCGGCUGGCCUCCGCCCAGCGGCAGCACCCCGGCCUUGGCCUUGCCGGCGCUGCCGCCGCUGCCCGGGCCGCGCGCGCUCCUCGCCGGCGCCGUGCUCGGCGCGGGCGGGCCUCCAGGCGCCGGCGCCUCUCCAUCAUCGAGGCGCUCGCGACGGGCCCGAGGGCUGGCACCGGGCGCGACCUCGCCGUGGUCUGGAACGUGGGCGCUGCGGGCCGGGCCUCGGCUACGGGCGUGUCCUUCUGCUUGUGGCAGCUGCUGCGCUGGCUGCCCCCCGCAGCCGGGCUGGUCCUCCGCUUCCCCGGGCCAGCCGUGAGCCGGCCGACGGCGCCCAGCGACUGACGGCUGCAGAGGCUGGCGCCGGUGCUGGCGCCCGGGCGGACGGUGCCGCAGCUGCCCUGCUCCGCCGCCGGGAGGCCCACGGAGCUCGAGCACCCCAUGGCGCCCGCAGGGAGGCGGGGGGCUUCGAGAGCUGGGGCCCGCCGUGCGCGCGGCUUGGGCGGCGGCCCCCUGGGCGGCGGAGCCUCCGGGCCU